AUGGGGGUGACAGGUGCCAAUGGAUUCCCCUGCUGUGGCAAGGAGUCAGUGGACAUUGUGGAGACGCACAGUGACCUAAACCAACAGCAGCCGUUCGAAGAGGAAGAGGAGAUCGAGCUGGAGAAAGAAUUGCUGGAACUGGAGUGCACUCACAAAGUGGACCUGGACAUAGAGCACGAACUAGAGCAGGAACUAGAGCGGGAACUAGAGCUGGAGACGGAGCUGGAGCCGGAGCUGGAGCUGGAGCUGGAGCCAGAACUGGAGCCAGAGCCGGAGCCGGAGCCGGAGCCGGAGCCAGAGCCGGAGCCUGAGCCGGAGCCUGAGCCCAGGGACCCCGAGCAGCCGGAGUCUAGGACAGAGUCCCUCCAGCCCCACACGCCGCGGCACACCAGCCUCUGGAGUUUGAGGUCGCAUUCUAGCUACGUGAGUUUGCCAGAGGAGGACCAGGCGUCCACCAACCAUCGCUCUAUCCGUGUGCAGACCUCUAACCAUCUCUUCUGGGCAGACAAACACAUCCAGGCCUCAGAACACAGCCUGCGGCGGGCGAUCAGCAAUAACACAGGUAAGACCACUAGCUGUCAGGACCAGGAGUCUGACCUCGAGGACGCCUGUGUGUGCUGCACAAAGCAAAUCGAAAACCCCAGUGCCCAGCCAGCGCCGCCCGCCGCCGACUCCCAGCAGCCAUCAAACCCCCCACCGCCCUCCUCCAGUCCCUCACUGGGCAUUGACCUGGCCGAUCUGGUCAACUUUGCCUCUUCCUUGGCCGUGGCCUCCUCCAGCAAGAUGGACUUGCCCAACUUGGAGCACAUGAUCAAAGUUCUGCCUCAGAAGGCCGAGGCACCUUCUACAGAUCCCGCCCCCCAGCUGGUGACGGACCAGCCAGAGAAGGAAAAGCUCCCUAAGGACUUGCUGGAGAAAUCUCUGGAAACUGAGGAGUCACAGAAAGCUUGGAAGCAGGAAGACAAGAACUUCUUCCGCCCUUACCUGGAUUUCAGCAAGCCGGGGAUCAAGAGGGCCACCAUAAAAGGAGAAGUGCAGCUUCUCCAGCAGCCGGCCAGGUCCCCUCCUCCUAAAGGAGCCGUGAAGGGCUCGGUGCCAGGAACCAGGAAAGGGAGUCCAUUAUUGCUGAAAAUCCAUUUUAAGAUGUCGUCCCCCACUUCCCCAAUGAAAUGA